GCGCGCGCGAACGUGGUACGUGAUCAAUCGCUCCUUUCCUCGUAAAUGCCGGCGCGGCAUUUCUGUUGUCCCACACAGGUACACCAACUCUCUCACACACCAUCACACUAACACACACACACAAGGGGUGUGAAGUGCGUUAUGUGUGUUUUCUCGCGGCUACACGGUUCUAUAAUAUACCUCAGUAAAAACAGUGCCCAGUGAUUUUUAUGUAGCUUUCAACCGUCUAUCGCUAUUCCGUAGCAAGCAUCGUGUGUGCAUUCUAUAGUGCGUUUUGUGUGUGUGCGUGUGUGUGGUGUAGCGUAUUCGAGGUAGCGGGAGAUAGCUUCGGUGAUAUUUAGAAGUGCCAAUCGAUCAAGUAGCUAGGGGUCGGUCGAAACCGUUUCUUCCGGGGUUUUGCCGAGAAACGUCGGUACCCCAAAUAGCAAAACCGCAGCCGCUCGCGAUGGCUUUCUCGUCCGCCCUGCAGGGGCGGGCGGCGCACGAUGCGCUGCUCAACCGGCAGGAGGCCGAGCUGAAGCUGCUCGAAACGAUGAAGCGCUGCCUGGCGCAGAAGGCCAAGUGCGAUCGCGAGUACGCCGUAUCACUGGCGGCCGUCACCCAGCAAGGCCUCAAAAUCGAUCGCUCAGAUGAUCUGCAAGGAAGUCACGUAAUGCGAGCGUGGCGAAGCUUCAUGGAAGAAUUGGACCAUACGGCCAAACAAAUUCGCACCAACGCGGAACAGCUGGAAACGGUCUGUCACGAGAAGCUGGCCAGCCUGUACCAGGAAAAGCGACGCGUCAGAAAGCAGUACCAGGAGGAGCACACCAAAAUCGCCACCCAGUUCAGCCAUCUCACAGAGGACGUUGCACGAAAGAAAAGCGAGUACCAGAAGCAUUUAGACUACUACAAGCUCCUGCGAGGCCGAUUCGAGGAACAUAUCAAGUCCGGCCGGUCCGGGCGUAAGCUGGACGACGUCAUCGACAAGUACCAGAAGGCCUGCCGGAAGCUGCACCAAGCGCACAACGAGUACGUCCUGCUCAUAACCGAGGCGGUCGAGGUGGAGAAGGACUUCCGAACGAUACUGCUGCCCGGUCUGCUCGAGCACCAGCAAUCGCUGCAGGAAGGUUUCAUUCAAGCGUGGAGCAACCUGCUGCAGGAGAUUGCGAACCUGAGCGACAUGACGUCGGACAAGUUCGUCGACAUACAGCGCCGGAUCGAGUCGAGCAUAGCGGGCAUCAACUCGACGGAAGAGUACCGCGAGUUUACGGAAAAGCACAAAACCUCCCCAACACCCCCCGUCAUAUUCCAGUUCGACGAGAGCCUGGUCGAGGACAGUCUGGGCAAGCUGCAGGCGAACACGCUGACCGUGGACAACCUUACCGUCGACUGGCUGCGCGGCCGGCAGACGGAGCUCGAGGGUACAAUCAAAGAUCUGCAGGACCGCCAGAGCAAGCUGUGCGGCGAACCGAACGGCACGAACGGCGCCACGGGCAGCAGCCCGGCCGCCGUCAGCCCAGCCAGUACACCCGGCACCAAGCCAUCCACGCCGAUUCUGAACGGUUCCAGCACCAGCAACGGUGUUCAUCAGGGGAAAGAUCCGACAACCAACAAAUCUUCCAAGGAACUGAACACGCUGCGCUGCCAAGAGCGGCAAACGCUCAAGCUGGUCGACAUGAUCCGUUCGGCGCUGAAUGAGGUUGGCUGCGAGGAGCUGCCGUCCGGCUGUGAUGACCUUUCCGUAGAGCAUCUAAUCGAGAACAAAAAGUCUGUCAGUCAGGAUCUAUCGGUGGACUCACUGCAGCAGCAGCAUUCUUCCACCGCCAUGGGGCUGUUCUCGUUGCGCACUGGUGGUGGUGGUAGUGGUGGUGGUGGUAUGAUGUCCAUGCUGAUGGAUCAACUAAGACGCAAGUCGGGACCGCCGACGGUUUCGGGAUCCAGCUCGGCCGGCAAGACGCCGCGAUCGGGCCCCACACCGGUGCAGACACCGAAGCCAGGACACCGAGGAGCAACGACCACGAAGCUGGGCGAAUUUACUAUGGCGAUGAUGACUCUAUCGACAAAUCGUCCCCUGCACGAGGAAGAAUGGUUCCACGGUGUACUGCCACGCGAGGAGGUGGUCCGGUUGCUGCGCAACGAAGGCGACUUCCUGGUGCGCGAAACAACGCGCAACGACGAGAGCCAAACCGUACUGAGUGUCUGCUGGAACGGACACAAACACUUCAUUGUGCAAACGACGGCCGAGGGCCACUAUCGUUUCGAAGGACCAGCCUUCCCCAGCAUACAGGAGCUGAUCGUGCACCAGUACCAGUCGGAGCUGCCCGUCACCGGCCGCUCCGGUGCAGUGCUGCGCAAACCGGUCCUGCGCGAGCGCUGGGAACUCAGCAACGACGAUGUGAUCCUGCUGGACAAGAUCGGGCGCGGCAACUUCGGCGACGUGUACAAGGCCAAGCUGAAGUCGUCGAAAAACACGCUCGUCGCUGUUAAGACGUGCCGGAUGACGCUGCCCGAGGAGCAGAAGCGCAAGUUUCUGCAGGAGGGUCGCAUCCUGAAGCAGUACGACCAUCCGAACAUCGUCAAGCUGAUCGGCAUCUGCGUGCAGAAGCAACCGAUCAUGAUCGUGAUGGAGCUGGUGGCGGGCGGGUCGCUGCUCAUGUUUCUGCGCAAAAACGCCAGCACGCUCGGGCAGCGGCAGAUGAUGGGCAUGUGCCGGGAUGCGGCCGCCGGCAUGCGCUACCUCGAGUCGAAGAACUGCAUCCACCGGGAUCUGGCCGCCCGCAACUGUUUGAUCGGCAGUGAGAAUAUAGUGAAAAUCUCCGACUUUGGAAUGUCCCGCGAGGAGGAGGAGUACAUCGUUUCCGGAGGCAUGAAACAGAUCCCGAUCAAGUGGACCGCACCGGAGGCACUGAACUUUGGCAAGUACACCUCCCUGUGCGACGUCUGGUCGUACGGGAUACUGGUGUGGGAAAUUUUCAGCCGCGGCGACACGCCCUACUCCGGCAUGAGCAACUCGAUGGCACGCGAGCGAAUAGACGAGGGCUACCGCAUGCCGGCACCGGAAGGGGCACCGCCGGAGAUGUACCGGCUCAUGCUGAAGUGCUGGUCGUACGAGCCGGAAAGCCGGCCACACUUUGACGAGAUCUGCAGCGUGGUCGACGCGCUGCUGCUCUGCACCAAGGACUGACGGCGGCCGGUGGCACAACGCAACGACGAAAGGAACAUCAUGCCGCUGAAGGCAAAGGAAGCAGCCACUGGCGGUGGAUGGUCAGCUGCCCGGGGGCUGUGGAGUGAGGGGCUGACCAUGUUGCAACGUUUACUCAACGCUUCCAAUGGCGCUUAGUGUGUGUGUGGCGCUUGUGUGCGCGAGAGGUAUACGAUACGAUAUGAUGGUGUGCUUCUCUAUCAAGCCUUCCGCCAGCGUCAAGCAGCUUUUCGUUUAGCUUUACAUUGCAUUAGAGAACGAGCCGGUGCAGACAGCGCACACAGAACAGUGCCGAUGGAGAUGGCAUGGCAAAAUGACACCACACGAGUGCAAUUGAACAGCAAGAAACAUUUAUACUUAUAUUCUAAGAACAAGGUGCUUUCGGUAGAUGGAAACAGUUAGAGAACAAGAUGGUAGAUGCAAAGUUAGAAGGUAGGAAAAUAGAUAGCGAGAGCAACAUUACAAGAGCAAAAGAACAAGGACAGCGUGCAGGGGCGACCGGACUAGCUGAUCAUCGCCUGAUCCUGUGUACAGGAAUGUGUUGGACAAGCGUUUACAAACUGCGUUAGGUUAGUGGUUAGUUGAGCUACAUUUAAAUUAGCUGACAACGAAACACACAGCACAAAUAUAGAGGUAUAGUAUAGAAGCGAGAAAGGGCAUAUGGGGUGUGUGUGUGUGUGAAUGGGCAGGUGGACAUGGUGGGAUUCGUAUUUUAAUCGAAUAUGUAUGUAAAGGUAUGUUGCGAACUGUGGUCAAACAGCGUAGGGCUAACAAUAUAGCUAGGGUGGAAGAAAGUGUAAAUGUUGCAAUGUGUGGUUGAGUGACGAGUGAACGUAUACAAGAAUGGCUGAGCAUGAAUCGUAACAGCAACGUACAGUGAAUUAAAUACGGGAAACCUUGUGCGGGGGAAUGGGCAGGAUGCGAACGAGAUAUUCAUGUGUGAUAGAUGAUUAGAUGAGGGGGGGAGGGGGGAAGGGGAACGGGAAUUUUUAAAUGAUCAAAAGAACAUAGAUAGAGCAGAGGAAUAGAGAGAGAAAAAACGGGAAAUGAACAGAAACGAGACGAAGCAGUGCAAUGGAAGAUAGAUAGUUUAGAGUAGUGAACAAAAAUCAAAAGAAAUAUUAUCCUUGUUGCAGCAGCAGCGUGCAAAAGGUGUGUGUGUGUGUGUUCCAAAGUGCUUUUAUUUAUUGAAAGCACACUUUCCCUCAGCUUCAGCAGCGUACCCGUUUUAUGCUACAACGGUGCGUAAGAUUUAAAACAUCUUUUAACGCGCACAGAAGCGUCCACAAAACACGCGACGAGCAGGAACGACGCCAUGUGCAUCCUUAUGCUAAACAGCGUUAUCAAAACUCGCAAAAGCAUUUAAGCGAAUGCAAUCGGACCGGGGGGGAAGAAAAAACAACAGAUACGAAUACUCUCGUAACUGGAACGAUGGUUUCCAAUAUCCUCCUCCUAUUACUACUACUACUACUACUACUACUACUACUACAGCUGAUACUAUUUCUCAUUCUCAAAGCACACAUCUCAUGUAGCGUGGCGUGACAGGUUAAGCGCUUUCGUGAUUCGUUAUGUUCUAAAAGGCACAUCACUACGCGAUCCAAAUAUACACCGACGAUAUUGUACACACAAAAUACUUAUAUACACGCAAAAAGACACGUAAAGGAUUGUGUUACAUUACAUCGUUUCUCCAAACGAUCCGCGGCUCGCUUUCUCUUUAAUGUCUCUUUUCUCGUUCUUUCGCUCGCGGUUAACUCAUGUACACAACUUAUACGGAGCAGAAUGUGUCGACUUAGUUGAAUAUCACGAUAUUUACAUACAUUAAACGUACAAGCUCAAAAUGAAACCAUCAA